GACGACGACGACGACGACGACGACGACGAAGAAGCAAUCCCAAUCCCUCGCGACGAUGGCGCCCCCCGCCGAGAAGCAAUCCGAGGCGGUGCGAUCCUUCCUCUACCCGGGCGAGGACCAGCUCCCGGACGACGUCUCCAUGAGCAUCUGGGAGCACCUCGAGGAGCUCCGCGACCGCGCGCUGAUCUCCAGCGCCGCGGUCACCGUCAUGAUCCUCCUGUGCUUCUGCUUCGCGAAGGACCUCGUUUUGUUCCUGGAGGCGCCCGUCGCGGAGGAGGGCGUGCGAUUUCUGCAGCUCGGGCCCGGGGAGUACUUCUUCACGACGGUGAAGGUCGCGGGGUACUGCGGCCUCCUCCUCGGCGCGCCCGUGGUGUUAUACGAGGCCAUCGCGUAUAUCCUCCCGGGGCUCACGAAGGACGAGAGGAAGUUUCUGGGGCCCAUCGUGCUCGGCUCGAGCGUCCUCUUUUACGCCGGCAUCGGCUUCGCGUACGCGAUUCUCACCCCCGCGGCGCUUAAAUUUUUCAUCGGGUACUCCGACCAGGCGGUGGAAUCGCUGUGGAGCAUCGACCAAUACUUCGAGUUCGUCCUCGUCCUGCUCUUCUCCACCGGGCUGUCGUUCCAAGUCCCCGUGAUCCAGCUGCUGCUCGGGCAGACGGGCAUCGUCAGCAGCGCGCAGAUGCUGUCGGUGUGGCGAUACGUCGUCGUGGGAAGCGUCGUGGCCGCGGCGGUGUUGACGCCGUCGACGGAUCCGUUCACGCAGAUGUUGCUCGCGGUGCCGCUGAUGUCGUUGUACUUGGGGGGGGCGGCGCUCGUGGGCGUCGUCGAGAAGGGGCAGGCGGGGGAGGAGUUGCCGGAGGGGCGGUGACGCGAUGCGACCGUCGUCGACGCCGUUCGCGCGGCGCGCGCGACUGAUCGAUUGACGACGCGCGAUAAUUCGUUUUCUGAUGAUGAGUCAAAUAAGAUCACU